GGUGCGAUGGGAGAAAAGGGAUCCUGACGAAAGCGGAACUUGCCGGAGCCCAUACAAAUCAGAGGAGAGCUCGUCCAGAAGUUGAGUGGAUAUCUGAGCCCGCUGAUCAGAGGCUGCCUCUUGCAAGGGAGACAGAAGCGAAGAGGAGGAGGAGGAGGAGAAGUGGGUGGGGGACAGAGAGAACCAAAAAGCCCACCAGACUCAGGCAGGACUUAAAGCAGGCAGGCGGGACAGGCGCUCCCAGCAGAUCGCCCUGAGAGAUCGAGGGGAGCCUCCUUCGGGAUCCGCAAGAGACCCCCUGAAGAAGAAGGCGCCUCCGAGGGGCGCAGACGCCGCAGCAGCCGCAGGUGGUGCCAUGAUGGCCACCGGCUACCCAGACCCCGCGGGGCCCGAGGACGCCGUGUCUCUCCUGCAGCAGCAGCACCAGGCCAUCAAGGAGCCCUGCCUGGGCGGCGAGUCGGCGGCUGCCAAGAGCGAGCUGAGCCCGGCUGCCCCUGCCAAGGCUUCCCCGGCGGGAUCGGCGUCCGCCUCGGCUGCGUCGGCGCCUCCGGAGAAGGGCGACCCGUCUCAGAAGCCCCCUUACUCGUACGUGGCGCUGAUCGCCAUGGCCAUCCGCGAGAGCGCCGAGAAGCGGCUGACGCUGUCGGGCAUCUACCAGUACAUCAUCGGCAAGUUCCCCUUCUACGAGAAGAACAAGAAGGGCUGGCAGAACAGCAUCCGCCACAACCUGAGCCUCAACGAGUGCUUCAUCAAGGUGCCGCGAGAGGGCGGCGGGGAGCGCAAAGGCAACUACUGGACGCUCGACCCGGCCUGCGAGGACAUGUUCGAGAAGGGCAACUACCGCCGCCGCCGCCGCAUGAAGAGGCCGUUCCGCCCGCCCGCCGGCCACUUCCAGCCGGGCAAGAGCCUCUUCGGCGCCGCGGCCGAGGCGGCGGGCUACGGUUACCUCACGGCGCCGCCCGCCAAGUACCUGCAGGCGCCUUUCCUCAACGCGGCGGCCGCCUCCUGGUCCCUGGCGCAGCCCGCGCCUCCGCCGCCGCCGCCUCAGGCGCCUCAGGCGGGAUCCUACGGCGCCUGCACCAUGUCGGAGGGAGCGGGCAGCUCCGGCGCCGGGAGCGGAGGAGGCGGCUCGGUGGCGGGAGGCGGCGGUCCCCUCAGCCCCGUCGGCGGCGGCGGCGUCAAGGGAGUAGGCCUGGCGGCCGGGCCUGGAGGCGCCGCCGCCUCGGCGUACGGGCCUUACUCCCGCCUGCCGGCCAUGGUGAACUCGUACAACGGCAUGGGGGGCCACCACCACCACCACCACCCGCACCACGCGCACCACGCGCACCACCACCAUCCGCACCACCACCACCAGCACCACCACCACGCGGCCGCCGCGGCCCAGCAGCUCGGAGCGGCGGCCGUGGCGGCGGCGGCGGCGGCGGCUGCGGCGGCCGCCACGGCAGGGAGCGGCUCCCCGCAGGGCUCGCCCAACGGGCCGGCGGGCUUGCAGUUCGCGUGCGCCGGGCGCCAGCCGCCCGAGCUGGCCAUGAUGCACUGCUCCUACUGGGACCACGAGAGCAAGCACAGCGCCUUGCACUCCCGGAUAGACAUCUGAGCCAGGGGUGGAAGAGAGACGGCAGGCAGGAGAAGAAGAAGCAGCGCCCUCGUCCUCGGCAUCCCCUUCUUCAUCAUCAUCAUCAUCAUCAUGUUGGAUUUCUCUCCCUCUCCCUCUUGUAAUUCCCCCUUUUCCCCCCACCCGCUGCUGAAAUGGGACAGUGACUUUGAGUGCCAAAACGAGAACCACACGCGCGCAACCCCCCUUCGCCCAAGUCCUGUGUGCCUGAAAUCAUACAGAUCCUCUCCGUGAAGGCAGCGUAAGUUCAGAGGACUUCCACGCUCAUCCUCAUUGCUGCAGGAGCUCCGUGGGUCCUUUGGUUCUGCGUUUCUUUUUUCACUGGGUUUUAGGGUUAGCGCGCGCACAUAAAGGUGGCCGAACAGUAUUUGCCUUUUGUUUCCCUUUCCUUUUUGCAUUUCCUUAAAAUUAAUAUCCCCAUCAUAAGCACUGUUUGGUUAGAAGUGUUGUUGGUUAGAAGUGUUGCUCACUGGUACGUAAAUCUCUUUAUGGUCGAGGUAUUGGUCUCAUUGUUUUCGCGGGGAGUUUAAAGAGAGUGAAGGUGGGGUUUUUUAUUUUUUAUUUUUGGUGGGGGGGGGA